ACACCCGUGGUCCAGCAUCGAUUUCCCCGAGAGUAGUUAAGGCUGUCCCUCUCCGGAGCGCGCAGGCUGUGCUUACAGAACAGCCCAGUGUGCCUUGCUCAGAGACACUUCUGCAGUGCGCUCUGCUGCCAGCACAAAGCCUUAAACUCGCUUCACCCCCCCGUACGCCUCUCUCAGCCCCUGUCUCCCCCCCUCCUCCCUCUCUCUCGCUCUCGCUCUCUCUCCUCCGUCCCUGUCUGAUAAAAGCGAGUCUCGCCCGGGCCAUUUGCUGUGUGGGCUCCGUCGUUAAUCAUUCCGGUUAAAAACAGAGCCAUCACAGCUGCCUGUCGCUGUCUGGAGGAUCAGCAGUGCGCGCCGAGCAGCGGACCUGGAAGACACCAUGCGCCAUUAGAGCUCGGGUAUUUAUAAUGACCCAGGAGCAUUAUACUGAUACACGUUUUCUUAUUUUUAAAUUCGCAUUUUCCUUUUAAAAAUCAGAAUAUUUCCUUCCUGUUUUCCUUCCUCUGAUUCCAUCGUUAUCCUCUGGAAUGAUUUCGACCCAUAUUUAUUAACGAUAUACUUCCGCAAUAAUACAUCAUAUGUAAUUUCCCAUAGGGUUUUGUUUUUGUUGCUCUUAGAGAAUUGUUUUUACCGUUGUUUUCUUUAAAAAAAAAAAAAAAAAAGGCAUUAACCUAUGGGUUAAUUAAUCAUUUUAAGCCUUUGUCGCAUACACAAAAUCGACUCCAUUAGAGCACACUUGAGCAGCCAUCUGCAGUGCAACGCAGGGAAAUAAUUACAGGUUUUUGUCUUCAGCAAAACGUUAAAGGGGAAAAAAAAGACUACAGCUCCUUAGAGGCCAGAGAACAAAUAGAUGGUAUAUUAACUGUUUGUAUGGAAUAAAAUCAUUUGGAGUCUUGUAUCUGUGGCCUUUGGGUGUCAAUAAAUAUUUCUAAAAAUAAAAAAUAAAAUAAAAUAAAAAAUCCCCCUAACGUCUUUCACAUGUGAAUUUGUGCCAAGAAAGAAAAGUCCAUUAAAAAAAAGAUGUUUGUUUUGUCUGACUUGCUCGUAUACUGCUGCUGCUGCUGCUGCUGGAUGUUGCCAUUAUCUCUCUGCCACGCUCCAUCUCACGCCUGGCGGCUUGUGGUGUCUGUGCGUGCGUGCGUGUGCAUGUGCGCGCGUGUGUUUGUGCCUUGGCCUCGGCCCCUCGAGCUGUUUCUCUCGGAAUGAGAUUGCCUCAGUAAAUUUAAAUACUUGUUUUUGUUUUUGAAACUUUUCCAUCAGGUGCACUCGCCUCCCUCUCUCUCCCUCUCUGUCUCUCUCUCUCGCGCUCUGCAUUCGACUCCCUCCGGCUUCCAUCUCCGCUCACGCAUGUCCACGCUCGGGUUUGUGCGCAACAGCGAGUGUGUUCCUCUGAAUGUGUGCGUGCGUGCAUGGAGUGUGUAUUUCUAUAUAUGAGAUGCACUAUAUUCUAUAAGUUUCUGCUUCGAGCCCUUGCUAUAGACUUCCAGACCACAGACAUUACCAGCUCGCUCCAGCCACAUACUGUGUUUCACUCAAUUAAUUCCUGCCCUCCUCCGUGAGCUCAUUUCACGGGUGUUAAUUCCAGUCCGCCCCUUGGCUGGGUGUGUGAGCCGGCGUGGAUUUGCCGUGCGGGCCACUGUCUGUCCCUAUUGAUUGGACUCAACUCGGAAAUGUUAUAAGACUCAUCCCUUUGUGAUCAGAGGGCGUUUGGGUACAUUAUGGACACAAUUAUUGGUCAACAAACAUUCCUAUUAAUUCGAGAAAAAAAAUAGCACACACACACAGAAAAAAAAACCAAGCCGAGAUGAGAGAAUCGCACACCUGGCCAAGAGCCGUCCGCAUCACGCUUUCCACUGUGCUCACUGUGCUCCAUCAAACCGCCUCUCCACAUUUUUUUUCCUUCCGCGGCCUGCAGCGCAGAAACUCAAACGUUCAUUCUGUUUUAGCCUACGAGUAUGCGUGGAUGCACGGAUGCACACGGAAACUGGGGAUGAAGAUUUGUGGGUUCCUGCAGAAGAACAACAGUCUGGAUGAGAAGGGGAGGCUCGCGGGCCAGAAGAACCUGCUCUCGUGCGAUAACAGCGACAGGGACGCGCGCUUCCGACACACCGAGACCGACUUCUCCAACCUGUUCGCCAGAGACCUGCUGCCGGCCAAAAAUGGAGAGGAGCCUACCAUACAGUUCCUGCUGGAGGUGGUCGACAUCCUCACGAACUACGUCAAGAAGACUUUCGACCGCUCCACCAAGGUGCUGGACUUCCACCACCCUCACCAGCUCCUGGAGGGGAUGGAGGGCUUCAACCUGGAGCUGUCCGACCAGCCCGAGUCCCUGGAGCAGAUCCUGGUGGACUGCAGGGACACGCUCAAAUAUGGCGUCCGGACAGGUCACCCACGCUUCUUCAACCAGCUAUCCUCUGGUCUGGACAUCAUCGGUCUGGCUGGAGAGUGGCUCACGUCCACCGCUAACACCAACAUGUUCACCUAUGAGAUCGCUCCGGUGUUCGUCCUGAUGGAGCAGCUGACUCUGAAGAAAAUGAGAGAGAUGAUUGGCUGGCCAAACGGAGAAGGAGACGGCCUGUUUUCUCCAGGCGGCGCUAUCUCCAACAUGUACAGUGUGAUGAUCGCACGGUACAAGUAUUUCCCCGAGGUGAAGACCAAGGGCAUGUCUGCAGCUCCCCGCCUCGUCCUCUUCACAUCUGAACAUAGCCACUACUCCAUAAAGAAGGCUGGAGCCGCUCUGGGCUUCGGCACUGAGAACGUGAUCCUGCUGAGCACAGAUGAGAGAGGGAGAGUCAUUCCUGCAGAUCUCGAGGCCAAAAUCAUCGACGCUAAGCAGAAGGGUUACGUGCCGCUGUUUGUGAACGCCACAGGCGGCUCAACCGUGUACGGAGCAUUUGACCCCAUCAAUGAGAUCGCUGACAUCUGUGAGAAAUACAACUUGUGGCUGCAUGUCGAUGGUGCGUGGGGUGGCGGACUCCUGAUGUCAAGGAAGCAUCGCCAUAAGCUCAAUGGAAUUGAGAGGGCCAACUCUGUCACAUGGAACCCUCACAAGAUGAUGGGCGUCCCUCUACAGUGUUCAGCAAUCCUGGUCAGAGAGAAGGGAAUCCUAGCGGGCUGUAACUCCAUGUGCGCUGGCUACCUGUUCCAACCAGACAAACAGUAUGAUGUCACCUACGACACAGGGGACAAAGCCAUCCAGUGUGGCCGGCACGUCGACAUCUUCAAGUUCUGGCUCAUGUGGAAAGCCAAGGGCACCAUCGGGUUUGAGCAGCACAUUGACAAGUGUCUGGAGCUGUCUCAGUACCUGUACAACAAGAUCAAGAACAGGGAGGGAUAUCAGAUGGUGUUUGAUGGAGUGCCCCAACACACCAACGUCUGCUUCUGGUACAUCCCACCCAGCCUGAGGGGAAUGCCAGAAGGUGAUGAGAGGCGAGAAAAACUCCACAGGGUGGCACCAAAGAUCAAAGCCAUGAUGAUGGAGUCUGGGACCACCAUGGUGGGCUACCAGCCUCAGGGCAACAAAGUCAACUUCUUCCGCAUGGUCGUGUCCAACUCCGCGGCCACCCAGUCCGACAUCGACUUCCUCAUCGACGAGAUCGAGAGGCUCGGUCAAGAUCUGUAAACCUCUCAGCCGCCUCUGGUGACUACAGGGCAAAACUACAGUCUUUUAUCGGUUGUAUUUCACAGGCGAAACAUUCACAGUGCUGCAGACAGAGAAAUGAUAGGACACGUCUUUGCCUGAAGCGUUCUAAAUGUUUCCACAACUGAAGAGAAACUAGCAGCGAGAGAGACUUUGAGUUUCUCUCCAGCUCUGACCCUUAGAGUUCCUUCUAUAGAUAAAAUAUAUAAACAGUAUCUGAAGUCUGCAGAUACAACAAAUAUGAUCUAAUGUGUGACUGAGCUGUGGGACCUUGUAAUGUGUGUGUGUGAGAUCUGGUUUUUGUCCGGUGUAUUUUGUCUUUUAAUGUCUGAGCGAGUGUGUGUGUGUGUGUGUGAAUUUGGUAAAACAAUAAAAAUGGGGGAAAAAAGCACAGAUCAAAAUAUAACAAGUAUCAUCCAGUUAUUCUGCUGUAUCAUACGUUUGCUACACGCAGCUGAAUCACAGGUGCUUUCAGCUGUACGUAUAUUUAACCUCGAUUUGUCCUGAACCAGUGUCCGAAGCCCCCGAAGCAGCGUUUGUGUGCAGGUGUGCAUGUAGCACACUGAGUGUAUCCUGUCGUGUGUUUUAGGCUAGCACUGUGUUAAAAAUAAGCUAAUGUGCACAGCGUAGGUGCCAAGUGUGUGAGGAUUUAGUAACCGCCUGCAACAGAGCUACAGUCUGCAAUACUUUCCCUCAUAGAAGAUUAGAUUAAGAUUUAAAACGUCCUCAGACCACGAGAGACGACCUUUAACUUGUAAAACGCUGGCUCGUUGUUUGUUCCAUGCAAUCAUGUGAUACCCAUGUGUGUUUAUAACACUGUUAGAAUAUUAAUAUUUGAUUCUAUAAUACAUACUGUUUGCAGAUUCAGGUAUUUUAUUGUAAAUGUAUCUUUAUGUGUAUUACAUGGUAAUACAUUUGUAAUCACAGGAAUUGAGUAAAGUUUAUUUAUAGUGAUUUUGUCAGCCAAAGAAAGAGAAUGGGGAACAGAACAAUCCAUCGUCCUUCGUGUAUUACUUCUUAUAGAUUAUAGGUGUUUGUAAAAUGUUACCUAUAGACCUUCGACUGCGAUGCAAUUUCUAUUGUGCGUUUCUUUCUGUGAUUGUGAGUCUUUUUGACUGAAUGUUUUGAGAUGACUGACUGGCCUUCUGAUGAGAUUAAGAAUGAAGUCUAUUUAAUCCUCCGGCCGUAGUGGCGGUCUUUUAUUUUAGCGAGAAGCACAAGGAUGUGAGAAUGUACUCUCUCCUCUUGAGACUGAGAAGAAAGAAUCGUUGUGUCUGUCUGAAUCCUAAUGCAUUUACUGUAAUAUAGUAUAUAUUAAUUGUAAUACAUAUUACUUGUAUUCUCAGUGUUACAGGAGCUCAAUGGAAUAUCUUGUAUAAAGGUUCCUGUCGGUGUCUUUGCACAAUGUUCACCUUUCUUUCUUCCAUUGUAAAUGGAUGUGUAUUAUAUAAAAGUAUUUAUGGUAAAUAGGGACCAUAUGUGAAUGGCACAAUUGCAUAAAUCAUAUUUAAGGUAAUCUGUGUACUGUAUGUGGCCCGUGACUCUUGUACGUGAGCAGUGUGGUUUCUGAUGAAGCCGACUGUACGAGAACGCUUCCCAAGAGGUUUCCAGUAGGCACUUUAACAGAAUCAUACCAUCUUGAAAAAGAUCUUUAAUAAAGUCUAUUAAAGGGAAAA